UGACGUCGAUUUGUUUACGUGGACAAGAUCUGUCAAGUGAUCUGCACCGGGCGGCACAAACACGACGUCGUUUCGCCGCUAAUUGCUCGAUUUCGUUCUCGUUUCCGUUCCUUACACCUUCUUGAGGCCCCAAUCCUUCGCGAGAAUUGAGUUUUAAGGCCUUUUGCGGCCAUAUUCGGGCUGAGAUAGAGGCGUGAAAUCGGGGGAUCAAGAAGUUCCUGAAGCCACUACAGAAGAAGUGACCAUGCCUGAAGGGGAAGCUGAAGCACCAGCAGAGGAAGUAGAACCAGUCGCACCAGCUGCAACAGGGGAUGCUCCACCACCAGCUGAGGUCCCACCAGCAGAACCAGUAGCUGCUGCAGCAGAAGAGCAGGAGGAAAAAGCACCUGAAGCCGAAAAACCAGACACAGUCGACAAGGCAAAGCCUGAAGAGGCCCCUGUGCCAAAAGAACCGGAAGAAGAAGUUACAGAGGGAAACGAAGAUGAUGAGGACGCGGAAGAGGAAGAGGACGACGUCUUUGGGGCUCUGUCGCUGUUUACCUCCGAGGUAUUUGGUACCUUAGGCUCUCCAGCUGAACCCCUUCCACCAGAAGAGAAGAAGCCCCAGGGUUUGGCUGUCAAUGGUCAGGAUCCAGCAAAUACAAUGCGGCUUUUGCAGGAUCUGCUAACCUAUGAUGAUGAAGAACCAGAUAUCACCUACGGAUUGGGUCCUUUGGAUCUGAACGGUCGUGUAGCCGUUGUGUCACACCUCUUAGCUGCCCUUGUCACAACAUUGGACCCACAGCACUUGCGCCGUCUAGCCACACGAGUCAUGUCAGAUUCCUGUUUGUGGGUUUCAAGAUUAUUCAGAUAUUUUGACUCCAAUGUGUACAUUCAUGAAGACAUUCGAGAAGGUGUUGUACGAGUGUGCAGAAUGUUGCUCCACACACGUUAUCCAAAGUAUAGCACCGAAGGAUACGAAGCUUUAUAUGCUCGCCCACCAGUAAUUUACACCAGUAGCACUGUUCGACCUGGUCUUCCACAACACAUAGCUGGAAUGUUGGGUCUUGGAUCAGGAUGUGUGCGUGUAGUACCAUGCAACACUAUCGUUGGGUCUCCUGUUGCAAUGGACACAGCUGCCCUUGAUCGGAUGUUGGCGGAAGAUGUUGCAGCUCAAAAGAAACCUCUCCUUGUGAUUGCUAAUGCAGGUGGGGGAGCAGUCAGCGGUGUAGACAAUGUAGGAAGGAUUCAGGAGCUCUGCAAUACUUACGAAGCUUGGUUGCAUGUUGAAGGACAUGCCCUCGCGGCUUUAACUCUCCCAAAUGCACCAAAUCUGCCUGCCAAAGUUGGAGACAGCAUGACACUCCCAUUGUCUUUAUGGUUGGGUGUUCCUUCAAUUCCUCAUGUUACAUUGUACAGGGCUUGUGAAGCAUCAGCCGUUCAUGCAGCUGGACUGACAGCUUUGAACCUCCACGUCCGUCUUGUAUCUCUUCCGCUGUGGUCUACAUUACAGGUACUGGGUCAGAGUGGUGUGGUUGCUCGUUUUCAACAUGCUUUCGAAUUGAGCCACGCCCUACAACAGCACCUAGCAACUCUUCCUAAAAUACGCUUACUUAGUCCCACCCCACCUGGUGGAGGAGUUGCUAUAAGUAUCCAAGAUUUAGCUAGUAAACCAGUUAGCACAGCACAACUUCUGGAGACUGUCAGUGGAGCGGUAGUAUUCCAGUAUGUGGAUGAAACAAAUUCUGGAGGGAAAAAUCCAGAAUAUUAUGAUAAUUUGAAUUCUUGGCUUGGCCAAGUAGUCCGAAGAGAUGUGGGCAUUAUUCCUCUAGAGCUGGUCCAGUUGGAAACCGCUGGGUUAGUGCUGCGUUGGAGCCCCAUAGAAGGUCCUGAAACUCACCAUAUAACAAUGGCACACGUUGACCUUUUCAUCCAUUCACUACAUCAUCAGUUGGAUAUACUGAACGCCACUGUCAAGCAGAGGAAAACCUUCACAGAGCUUGUAGCAUCUGCAUCUAAUCUUCAGUUAGUGGACAUUCCAGGCUGGGCCGGUCUCGGAGGCGUUCGUUAUAUACCAGACCUCCUGAUGACUCAAGAACCAUUGUCCGAGUCUGCUCGAGAAGAUAUAAAUUCAUUAAAUAUCCAUUUGGUGCAGCAGUUAAAGGCAUCUGAUUCUGCCUUUUCAUUAGGCGAGGGUAGUGACAGAAUGAAUUGUGUCAGAUUUGGAAUGGUGACUGCCGAAACUGAUUUGUCUGAACUUCUGUCUUUGGUCAUCAACACUGGGAAGGACAUUGAAACUUCAUCAAAGUUCUUGGAUCAGAUGACAGACAUUGUUCAAAAAGGCAUUGAAGCUGCAACUGAAGAUCUGAGGAGAGAGAAUGAAGAAAGACUGUGGCAAGAAGGCAUUCUGCGACAUGUACCAAUUGUAGGAUCUGUUUACAAUUGGUUUUCUCCACCCCCUCCACCUGGGAUCAAAGGGCGCACUCUGGAUCUCACCGCUGGUGUCUUAGAGAGUACGGAAAAUAUUUAUCGUUACCAUAUGCAAAUUCGUCAUGGAACAGCUCCUACUAGAGCAGAAACUAAACUUCCCCCUGCCCCAUCAGUCCAAACUCCAGUCACCCCAUCGGCAUCCUCACCCUCACAUUCACGUUCAUCUUCCACAACGUCCGCCCUGUCUCCGGGGUCAGCACACUCUAGGCAAGCCUCAGACCAACCAACCACUACGGCCGAUAUAAAAAGCAACCCACCCUUAACAGCGAAUGGUAUUACCGCAUCCGUUCAAGGCUAGGUUUGUACGUUCUCCUUCUAGGUAUUGGAAAACCCCCUGCGGUGAUGGGUUUACCAUUUUGUGAUUUCUACUUGAGGUAAACUUUGUCAUGUUCUAUACUCCGUAUUCUAUAUACUGUACUUGACUUGCAAGGAAAGUGAAUUUCUGAAGUUUUUAAGUUCUUGGAGACUGUUCAUUUCAACGAAUUUCAUUGAUUCCAGGUUUUGCUCCUUAUAAUAUCUAUCUAAUAAUCUAAAAAAAAUUGUAAAUUUCAGCAUAAGUGCUUUCUUUACCACUGCUUGUAUUACAUUACGGAAUUAUCAUGAAGGUGUGUGGUUUUUCCAUUUGCAUUUCUGGUUGGGUGUGAGUCUUUUUGGCUCGGUGAGUGGAAUCAGAUAGUUUUUUUUUUCUUUUUUUCAAUCAUCAACAUCUCUACUCAUAUACCAUUGCUAUCAUCAUCAUUGCAAUAAGUAUGUAGCCUGAACUAUUGCCACAUUAAUAUGCCUUAAUGAUUUUCCAUGUAUGAGAGGCCGAAGUCUUAUUUGAGGGGGAAAAUUGAGUAAAUUAUUCACAUUGAUUUUCCAGAAAUAUUUGCUACAAGGAAUGAAUGUUUUUGUGUGUUUAGGGGAAGCAAUAAAGCAAUGUGUGAUUUAUUUUAGGACAUACAGAAGUCAAUCAAGCAUUAGGGUGUGCAGCCAAACCUGUACCCCAACAUUACACUUUUUUACUGAGAAAUCUAGAACUGGUUUUAUCACUGGUCAAGGAAAUAUAAAAUCUAAAAUUCAUAAGGCACUUUGAGCUCAUGCUUUUAUUUUGAUUUCCAUUCAUGUAUCUUGGUUUUGUACUUAGUAGUCAGUGUGCUUGCUUGUACAAUUGAGCCAUAAAUAGAUAACAGUCUUCUUUCCAACCAAGUUCUAUUGGUAUCUUUUAUUGUAGUAAGUAGAUCUUCUAAACAUGUACACAUGGAGGUUUUAGGGUUUUAUCUGAUUUAUGCUUUUCUUUAUAAUAAAUGUAAGUACAGCAAUGUUGCAACGUGAUACUAAGCAAGUAUGGAACUUGAUAGAUUGAACAGUCAUUAGAUCUUGCUGUUCAUAGUGAAGAUUAUGAGGCAGAUAUUCAGAAAUUACUUCUAUUUUGUUAAUGCUUUUUCUUAUACUUGUGGUGGGCUAAAGUGCUGAAGGAUUUGUUCCCAUUGUUUGCACUUUCUAUUAUACCAGCAGCAGUUUAAUGACUUCAGAGCCCAUAUAUGAAUAAUUAGAAUUUUGGAAUAAUCCUUCUUGUCAUUUUUUUCAAAGUUGUGAGCAGUAGUCAGCAGUUUCAUGAAUAAUCUUUGGACAAGCAAGGCAAACAGAGCACACACAAGUUUUGAUGUUUUAACUCAAGCACAUGUAAUUGACUGGUUGAAUGAAGUAAACAAGAAAUUUUAAGAAAAAUGAUACCUAUAAAAGAUUAGUUUUUCAUAUGGUCUUUAUUACAGUAACAACAAAUGUAAAGUCAUAAUUUGGCAAGUUAGUAAUCAGUAGAUGGAUACAUCUUUGUCAUCCCUGAAACAACUGAUUUUUUUAGAAGCAUAAAAGGCGUAUAAAAUUAAAUGUUCCUUUUUCAGAAUUAUAUUCUGAGAAAAAAAGGAAAUGGUCCCUUUGAAAGCUAAAUAAAUUUAACUUUGGUGCUGUUUUUACUAAGAAUAGGAAACUUGUAGGGGAAACUUCAAGCUAAAAUAACUAAGCCAGAUAUGAUUAGUGAAAAGUGGAAGGUCCUGAAAUGUGCUGAGCUUCAGUUAAUUCAGAGCUUAACUUCAAGUUUAAAUUAACAAAAUGAAUCUGUGAAUUUUGAGCUAAACAUGUAGUAACUAUUAAGGUGGAUUCCCAUUUUGUUGUCAGUAACAUAAAUCUCCUGUUGGGAACGCAGACAUAGUUUUGGAACAAAAUGUUGGCUGUGUAGACCAGUAAACUUGUUGCUUGACAACCAGGUAUUUGCCAGUGCUUUAGCUUGUUUUUUUUUUAUUGAAGGAAAGGAUGUCAAUCAUUAGGGAGUGUUUGUAAAUUGUAAGAGAUAAAAGUAAUUGUUUUUUUUAUAAAGGAAUAAUUGAGAAUAAUUGCCCGAAAGAUGAUACAACGGUGGGAGAAUACUUGGUAAUUGCACGAGAUUUUGAAUACUGCAUCAUCAUAUUGUAGUUAUUUAAAGGUAAUUGGAUAUUGAUAUAUUUUGUAAACAGGUGAGCAAUAGACUAUGAGUUUAAGUUAACAACAUCCCUGAAAAUUUUUUUGUACUAAGUACAAUAUCAGUGGUGGCUCAUUGUGCCAAAAACAGGAAAGCAUUGUGUAUAUGUAGUAUAUGAUAUGGACAUGGCUGUUGGAAUGUGGUCAGUUAGAGCUGUGAUGCUCAGUAUUUGUGAAUCACUACCAUAAGGUAACAGUGCAAGUCAUGCACAAUAUGGCAAUACUAAUGGCUUUGAACCCGGGUAAAAAUGGUAUUUAUUUACGUAUACUGUUUUUGAGGUGUGGUAAGUGCUUUGAUGAUUUAAGUACCAAACGAUAUUCUGUAACUGUAAUUUAUAUACUAAGCCAAAUUCAUGCUUACGCUGAGUUCAUUUGAUUAUUUUCCAUCUCAUACCCUAGAAACUUAAGCCUCAGACAUUUUCAUUGUCAUAAAAGUAUUUUCUUUGUCAUAAAGCACAACCAUAUGAGAAAGAUACCAGUUUUAGUUAUAGAAAGUUAAUGAAAGAAAGAUCUGGAGGUUAGGUCUUAACUUGUAGGGAUCCAAGAAAUUAAUAGGAAUGCAUGUUUCAAGAGGCUGUCAAAUGAUUGUAAAAUGGGAUUGUAGAAUACACUGUUAUUUUCAAGAUCAUUCGGUGUGGUAAGUUGGUUUAUGGUAUCUUCAGUAAAACAAAACCUAAGUGAAACAGACAGCUAUGCAGGUAUGGGAUUCAAGGCUUCAUGACUUAGCAACAGUAUAUAACAUUGUAAUCCUUUCAUAUUCCUGUUGCCAUGUCACUAACAUUUAUGUUAAAUCUUUAUGCAAAGAAGUCUCCUUAAGUUCACUUGAGUACAUAUAGCCCCCUACCCAAAGGGCAUCUGUAAAAUAUCACUUUGUGUUUCCAGUUGCUUACUCACAUUAAUAUUUACAAACAAUGUCUUGGCUUUUUUCUAUUAUUUAUUCUUGUUAUUGAGUUGCAGGUAACAAGGCAACUAUCAGGAUACAGAUAUACUAGUGUGUCUGGCAUGAAAUGGUUUUCUGGUGUUUUUUUUAUGAUUUUCCUCAUUUUUUUCUAUGUACUGUAUUUGUUUGUUCUAUUUCCUUUUUGGCUUGAAGUAUGCAAAACAUUCCAUUGCUGCUGUGUUAGCAUCGGUCUAUAUUAGCAUGUCAAGACUGCGUUUCCGUUCAUCUUAGACUCACUCGGUGUGUUUUAAGUAACUGCACAGCGUGCUUGUUGGUCUUCUUGUGAUUUUUGUAGCUUUAAUGUAGGAAAAGGAAAAUAUGAUUUACCUUCCAUGUACUCUUCAGUAAAUGACACUGCGGGUGGCGCAUUUCGAUUGUCUCAGCACUUUUUUUUUUAUUUUGAAUGAAUGGUUUUUGCCAGUUUAGUGUUUAUUUCCCUUUGCGUUCUUAGUAUUUAGUUUUCUGUCGGAAGUGUAAGAGGAAUGCUGUUGGCAUGGUGGAAUAAAUACCUGGUAAAAAAAUUUUAUUUGCUUUAUUGCUGAAGCAAAAGGUCUUGCUAGCCUAGCAUUCAUUUACCCUUGCAUUACGUAUAAGUAUUUGAUUUUGCAUAUUAGCAGUGUUUGAUGAAUGUGUAUAACUUUGGAACCAUUGGUCGAAUUCUUUCCGUGUGAGCCACUUUUGUUAUUGUAUUAUUUAUUUGUCGAGAUGCAAGUAGAACUCCUGAUUUACCUCAGUUGUCUUGGCAUUAUAUUUCUUUUUUUACUUUUUUUUUUUUUUUACCUUAAAGGUGAUGCAUUUUGCUAGUCAAAGAAUAAGACUUGAAAUUUAGGAAUACAGUAGUUACAAAUGCGGGCAUUUAAUGUACCUUUCGUUCAAGAGUUUUUCUUUCUUGGAAUCACAGUUUUUUUUAAUAUAGUUUUGUUGAUCUUAAGUGCUUUGCAUUAAUGCUGCAUUAAGUUUUUCAAAGAAAUUAAGUAAUGUCACAGUUAGUGCCUUUAAAUAUAAAUAUCAGAACAUGUGACACUCUGGAUACAAUCAGUUGUUGACAGACGAAUUAACAACAAAAUGCAUUUACUUGCAUUUUUGUUAGGCAUUGUGAUUAAUCACUUAUAUCUUCCACCAAAAAUGGAUACUGUGUAAGAAAUCAGAUGCAUUAGAAACCUGAAUUAUUCAAGAUGCAUUUGUAUGUAUAUAUAUAUCCUACAUAUAAUUAUCAUUGGCUGUUUUGCUGGCUAAGAUUAAAAAUGCAUCUCGAAAGAGUCUGCUAUUGCAUAAACGUAGAGGGUGUAGUUAGUACAUAGAUUGAAUUAUUUAUGUUUUAUUUAUUUAGAUUGGACUGGUUAGAGUUAUAUUUAUGUGAGGUACUCUUCUAGUAUAACAUAUAAGCUCUUGAAAUGACAUUUUUUUUCUACUUUUUAAUUUAUAAUUACAUGCCAAGUUACUAAUGAUCUAGGUAGCAAUGCUAUGUUACUGUCUUGGUUUAUUAAAAAAAAAAAGAUAUUAAGCAGCUACCAUGUGCAUUAAUAGAACUAUAUGUGUAUAUAUAUAAAUAAUACAGUAUAUAUAAAUGUUUGUGGAACUGCUUUGUAGAAAUAUUUGUUUGGAAUGUGGGUUUAAUUAUAAUUUUGAAAGAAAUUUUGUAUCACGUGAAAUUGGUAUAUAACUGUGGCAAUAUGUUUCUGGUCAGUAUUAAUAUUAUCCUUCAGAGCAGUUCCUAGUUGUUGAUUGUACAUAGCUAUUCAUUUUUAUGAGCACAAAUAUAAAAUCAAAAGUAA